CAUAUUCAGCAAAAAUUUAUUUUCUACAACAAAGACGUUAUCGCGAGGUAUUAAAAAGCCAGAGCAGAAAAGAAUCGCACUUAAUUAGUAACAGCAGUGCCAUCAUGCAGUUUCCAGGGCACAAAAUGACUUUAAAAUACUUGCUAUGUUCGUCAUUUUUGAUGUGGCUUCACGUGCGAUCAACAAAUGCUGGUUCUGCUUACCCGGCAGGAAUUGAAAUGACUAUGUGCGGGGCAGACAAUAUGGUUUGCACCGAUGGGUCGUAUCCAUGGGAAGAAGGGGAUAUGCGCUGCUGUCCGUACGGCGCGAAUACUGCAUUUUGUUGUAAAAAAGACAACCCUUUUGUUUGUUUUGUAAAACAGAUUGCCAAGCACGUCCAGUAUGAGGCGCCAAAGCAUUUGCCUUGUUGCUACAACUGUCCCAUGGGCGAGGGAAAGUAUUACGGAAUUGGAGGAAGUUCUGAGUAUUCCUCAGAGUCAUUUUCAAUCCACGAAAAGUACAGAGGCGAUGGCAACAAAAAAGCGCACAUCCACAGCUCCAGCCAUGAUCACAAAUCGCACGAGUCGCAUGAUCACAGCUCGCACAAGGACGUGAUGCGCGCCGACGAUCAAACGAACCAUAGAGCAAUCCCAGAGAGGCCUGAAGUGACGCCUCCAUCGCGCAUAGAAAGUGCCCCCAUGCCAAAUCAGUUUAUUCCCAUGGGCCCUCAGACUAGUCCGACGGCGUUUAGGGCGGAUCAGGACGAAAAAGAUGACGUCAGUUCUGAGGCGUUUGAAACAUGCAAAAUGAAAGGACUGGCGACGUACUUUUUGGACGAAGACACCGUUUGCUGUGUUGGAGGAGCCACUUCGCAGUGCUGCUUGAAGGACAGAACUCAAGCAUGCUCAACUGACCUGUUUGGAAAGACGCAGCCUAUCAAGGGAUUAAAUCGAGAUGUUCUCAAUUCAUUAGACUUCUCUCCUGACUGCGCCAUUCGCAGGCUGCCCACGGCCGUCACAGCGUAUUUGAGGCCCGUCCAACUGCACACUCCUUUGGCCGGAGCCAGAGUGCAGGUCUCGCAGGUCGAGGGCUGCGACGUGAGAGUGCUCAUGAACGUGCACACUUUCGGUCUUCCGGCUGGUUACGACUACGCCUUUGAAGUCGGCAACAAGACCAUCUGCGGAGACUCCAAUGACGUCUCAGAGCUUUUGGUGACCCUGCCCGUCAACAUGCGGCACGAGAGGUUCAAGGUUCCCUCGUCGCUGUCAAGCGUGAGAGAUCUGAGGAGCAGCUCAUUGUCCGUGAUUAGAUUGGAACCCAGCGGUCAAUCACAAAUGUUGGCGUGCGGUCGGUUCAUUUAAAUAUUUGUUUUUCUACAAUGAUUGCUUUUGUAAUACACAAAUGAAAAUAAAGUGAGCAUUAUUUUUCAGAAAAACAUAUUACUUAAAAAUGGUUCACUAAAAGUUAAUAAAUAUAUUAAUUCAAAAUUAUUCAAAAAUUGAAGUGCAAUAGCAAUAAUAAUAAAGAUUGUGAGAAUUAAUUGAAAUUAUUUAUGCAACUUGCUAACUUUUAGUGCAGCGCGUGUUGCAUACAUACGCUAUUGCAGGGGUUAAAAUACAUAAUUAUACUUAUAGCUAUUUCAUGUAUGAUCGCUUGUCAUUGUCAGAAC